AUGGUUGAGACCAUCUGGCACUCUUUUAGCCCUAAUGAACGAGGAGAAUGUUUCAAGGCUGGAGCUGCAGAUGGUGCCGUGUUGCAACACCCCUUAGAUCGAUCUCUGGGAGAUGUCUACAAAAUCAUACCAGAGUUGAAUUUACGCGACCUCGCAUCGGACCCUGCCUUCCUUUUAAACCUUCUCAAACAUCGAACCACCACAUCUCUAUUUCAACAGUACUGUGAAGGCCUCAAUGGCGCCCCCGGAGAUCAUGCUAUGAUCGAGGAGUCACUGCGCGCACGGGGACUCAAACACACCAACUCCUUUAAAAACUGUUACACUAUGUUUCAAGGCGACAUGUAUGCCAUGUCUUUCCAACUCAUGGCUAAAGACGCCCUGGCUGCUUUUGAACCCGCCAUUCGCGCUCGCGUCUGCGUUCCCCAGUCAGUCGGAGAAUUUAUUAUGCAAAGGCAGAUUUUCAUCUUGCAAACCCUCAAUAUCCUCAUCGAUGAUAUUCUGGAGCAAGGCUCCCAAAAUCGAGUUCAAAAUGCCCCACCAAAGAAGCCCACUGAUGACGGAGCGGCGGCGGCUCUGUCAAAACUAAGUGUCCGGGCCCCUCAAAAGAAACGUACACUUUCCGAUCUGGUCGCAAGUGCCCGUGAUCACCAAGACACACUUGAAGAGCACCUGGUUUUGCUCUCCACUGAGCCUGUUGUGCUUGCUCACGCUGUGAAUAUUUGGUUCUUCAGCCGCCCAGAACUCGUUCCUGACGAAAAGGGACGACGAUUGCCAGUUCACACUGAUAAAUAUAUCAGUGCUGCUGUCUUUGAGGCUAUCCACAGUUCAAUUAAAGGAGCUGCCAUCUGGAAAUAUAUUGCUAGCGUCCUCGAGCUGCUUGAGAAAUCGGCCGAGGAUAGGGCCUGUCGGGCUAUUCUCCUUCAGGAGAUCUCCAACAUUUGCCAUCUAGAAUUCAGUCGUGCGCAAACUCUUUUCAAGCGUCAUGUUCAGAGUGCGACGGGAUCCAAGUGGUUUAAGCGGACUUCCAACAUGUACGACAGCACCGGGAACCCGCGCGUUGCCGUAAAACGCAAUCCGGAAGACCUCACCAUAUCUGACCCCCAGCUUCAUUACAUGUUGCGUCUCUGCCAGCCAAAGCUCACUGUUUCCACUGCCACCCCCUGGAUCAAAAAGCUCGGCGAACUUUACCAGACCCAUCCUCGGGAGCGGGAAAAGCUAGAGGAUAGAGAGGCCGACUCAUUGGGUGACCUAGCUAUGAUUAUUGGAUUUGUCCAGGAAUUGUCUUCUAUGAUCCCAAUUCCUUCCUUUUCCAACAACAAAGGGCAGAUGUUCGCAUCUAAAUCACAGGAGGUGGAAUCUGAGUUGAACCAGGUCAAGGAUCAACUUGACCUACUCGAUUUUGUCGUUCCAAUCGACAAUCUGCUGGAGCCGGGAGUGGCCCAGGAAGCUUUGAAAAAGCUAGACCAAUUCGCUAUCGAAAAGUCCGGCACAAAAAUUGGAUUCUUGUACCAAGACAUGAUUGCGGACUGCCUGUCUGGUGUUCAAGGCCAAUGCGAUGAAGCCAAGGCGAAAUUGGCGCAGGGAUUGAAGGCCGAAUGGCCUUCUGCUCCAUCAACGAGUCCGGUGUCGAUGGCCAUCCGGGUCGAACAGCGGAAACAAAAAGAAAAGACACGUCCCUCACAUUCGUCUAUAUACGACAUUGUUACACCCGCGGAGCCGUCUCGUCCCCAGGAGCCUGCUCCGCUACCACGGACCUUCAAGAUAGACGACUCGACAGCGGAUAUCUUCUCGAGGUUGUUCUCCAAAUCCCAGUCGCGUGGCCCAGUGGCCUGGGCGGCCUUCACUGAAGCAAUGGCUAAAUUGGGAUUCUCAAUCUCCCCCAAAUACGGCUCGGUUUACACUUUCUAUCCUCCGGACAGCAUGACGGCGAAGAAAUCGUUCACGAUGCACCGACCACACCAGUCUAAAAUCGAAGGAUAUCGAGUUCUCACGGUGGCCCGCCGGUUGAGGACUUUGUAUGGAUGGGACAAAGAGACUUUCCAGGUUGAAUAA